AUGCUGGCGGCGCGGCGGGCACUGUGGCCGGGCUGGCGCUGCGAGCGGAGGAAGAUGAAGCUGCUGGCGGCCGCGGCCUUGCUGGGGCUGGGCGGGUCCCUCCUGCUGCUCUUCUUCCCGGCCGCGCACGCGGAGGAGCGCAAAAAGGGCCCCAAGGUCACGGAGAAGGUUUAUUUUGAUCUGCGGAUCGGGGAUGAAGAUGUGGGGCGAGUCGUCAUCGGGCUCUUUGGGAAGACGGUUCCCAAGACUGUCAAGAACUUCGUUGACCUGUCCACGGGAGAGAAAGGGUUUGGAUACAAGGACAGCAAGUUUCACCGUGUGAUCAAGGAUUUCAUGAUCCAGGGAGGAGAUUUCACCCGUGGAGACGGGACGGGAGGUAAAAGCAUCUACGGGGAGCGUUUCCCCGACGAGAACUUCAAGUUGAAGCACUACGGGCCGGGCUGGGUGAGCAUGGCCAACGCCGGCAAGGACACGAAUGGCUCUCAGUUCUUCAUCACCACCGUCAAAACCUCAUGGCUGGAUGGGAAGCACGUUGUGUUUGGCAAAGUCCUGGAAGGGAUGGACGUCGUGAGAAAAGUGGAGAACACAAAAACCGACAGUCGGGACAAACCCCUGAAAGACAUCACCAUUGUUGACUGCGGGACCAUCGAGGUGGAGAAGCCGUUCGCCAUCGCCAAAGAGUGACCCGGGCCCCCUUGGAGGGCCGGAGUCUCACUACCAAGGGCUCGGGGGCCUGCGUCUGUCCGGAGGCCUCGUAACAUCAUCCU